AAAGCCCAGUUUUAGAAACACGGUUAAACCCGGUCAAAAUCAUUCCCCAUGCGGAAGCGCUGGUUCCACGCCUAGGAUUUCUUGAUUGAUUAAAAGCUCCAGCUCCAGCUCAAGCUCAAACACCCUCGUGAUCACUGAUCACUUCUCUGUCGAUCUUCGUCUCGCAGAAUCCAAAUUAUAUAGACUCUAAUUUGUGUGAGAAUGGAGAAAACCAUAUAGCUACGCUUUGACUUCGCGAGAAUAUUCAUACUUGAAAAGGCAUCAAUGGGCAGCGGACGGUGGUGGGCUUUGGUUGUAAUAGGAGCGGUGGUGGUGGUUGCAAGCGGUGCUUCUCAAAAGAAGCAUGACCCUCUGGUCUCUCGAAUUGCCUUUGGAUCAUGCUCCGAGCAAAGCGAUCCUCAGCCCAUCUGGAAUACAGUUAUCAACUUUGAUCCCCAAGUUUUUAUUUGGCUUGGAGAUAACAUUUAUGGAGACAUUAAGCGCCCUUUUAAAGUAUUUGGAAAGGAAAGAACAAUCGGACCAUGGAAGAAUUUUCCUAGGUUUGUUCCUUCUAACAGCCAGGAAAUGGAGUUCAAAUACAGGAAAGCUAAGACUAAUCCAGGUUAUUCUCGUCUUCGGGAGAGAACUAAGGUAAUCGGCACAUGGGAUGACCAUGAUUAUGGAUUAAACGAUGCAGGAAAAGAAUUUGGUGGGAAAAUCACUAACCAAAGGCUUCUCCUUGAUUUUCUAGACGAACCUCAGGAUAGUCCACGGCGCAAGCAGGAUGGUGUUUAUGCAUCGUAUACAUUUGGCCCUGUGGGCAGACAAGUCAAGGUUAUCCUCUUAGAUACCAGAUACCACAGAGAUCCUCUUUUAAGUGAUGGAACUAUCUUGGGUAAUUCACAAUGGACUUGGUUGGAAAAAGAGAUGAAUGGUCCAGCAUCAGCCAUUACCAUAAUUGGAUCUUCUAUUCAGGUUAUAUCAAAUCUUUCGGCAGCCACUGGCCCAUUGUUUUCUUUUGAGUCUUGGGGACGUUUCCCUAAGGAGAGAGAUCGCCUUUUCAAAUUGAUAGCAGAUAGUAAGAGAGAUGGAGUCUUCUUCAUAAGCGGGGAUGUUCAUUUUGGAGAAAUCACACGGUAUGACUGCGCUACUGGAUAUCCACUUUAUGACAUAACAUCAAGUGGGCUUACAAAAGCAGUAGAGGAGACAGUCUCACCACCAUUACAUCUCAUAGUGAGGUCUGUGGCACGCUUGACACCUAGUACAAUGAGAGUCAUGGACCAAAACUGCAGAUACAGCUCAUGCACAUACGGUCAACCAAAUUUUGGAGCAAUUGAGAUAGACUGGGAUGCAACUCCAAUGACCUUGAAAAUCGAAGUCAGGGAUAUCAGUGGGUUUACUGUGACUGGUGUCAAGAUGUCAUUAUUGGAACUUCAAGUGGGAAGCUUAGACCCCGUUGCCACUGCCAAGGCAGGAGAAUAUAGGAGGCACUGUUCUCUUGAAGUAACUCUACCGUGGCUUGUCAGAUAUCGCCUGGCUAUUCUGUGCUAUAGUGCUGUUGCUAUCUUUCUUCUAGCUUUGAUUGGAUUCACAUAUGCUGCUAUAUCAAUCGGCAGGCGAUGCUUUCGUAAACGCAAGUAUGAUUGAGCAUCUGUUAUGGUUGCUUAUUAGGUGCAGGCAUUUUCAUUGGCCAGAAGCCAAUACCUACUUGCGGUUAAUUUUUAGUUCCGUCCCGCUUCCAUGCUAAAGGCUCGUGAAUCAUGGCCAGUGGCCACCCAAAAAACCAUCCCUGUGCAUAUUAUAUAUCGUCCUCUGUGAAAUAAAUACACCGCCUUUCAAUCCUCCA